GAGAGCUCUCACUCGAAUUCCGAGCAAUGGGGAACGAGAGCUCGAGAGCCGGCUCCGGCGGCGGCGACGACGACGCGCCGGAGCCUUCGUUUCUCUCCCGGUUUCGCCGACGACUCCACCGUCGCCGGAACCCUGGCUCACUGACAGUCGAUGCACCUUUGGACUUCGCCGGCAUCGCCCGUAUUGAGAUCAUAUCUGCGGAGAUGCAGUUCAAGGACCGGUGGCUUGCUUGUUUGUCUCUCGGGGAGAGGACUUACAAGACUGUGAUCUCGGAUCAGACGGACAAGCCUGAGUGGAAAUCAGAAAAGAAAGUUCUGUUGGAAAAGCAUGGACCUCAUAUUGCACGCAUAUCUGUGUUUGAGACAAACAGAUUAUCCAAGAACAAUUUUGUUGGAUACUGUGAAAUUGACCUCCUGGAGGUUCUUAAUAAGGAUUCAGAAGAUAAUAUUGAGGUGAUUCACUUGUUGGAUCCGUCCUCGUCAGAUAAAACUGUAGGCAGCUUAACUAUUUCUUGUUAUGUUGAGGACCCAAUAGAAACUGAAAAAUCCUUUGCACGCCGUGUCUUGGCUGUAGUGGAUUACAAUGAAGACGGAAAGCUUUCAUAUUCUGAGUUCUCUGACUUGAUCAAUGCAUUUGGCAAUCGAGUGGCGGCUAGAAAGAAAGAAGAGCUUUUCAAUCAAGCUGACAAAAAUGGGGAUGGUGUAGUCGACAUGGAUGAAUUGGCAACCCUUCUUGCUAUUCAACAAGAGAAAGAAUCACUCAUUAGUAGUUGCCCUGUUUGUGGUGAGACUCUUGAAAAGUUGAACAGGAUCAAUGCUGUAAUUCAUUUGACAUUAUGUUUUGAUGAGGGAACUGGAAAUCAGAUUAUGACUGGAGGAUUUCUAACUGAUAAGCAGGCUUCAUAUGGGUGGAUGUUUAAAUUAAGUGAAUGGGCACACUUUUCAUCAUAUGAUGUUGGUCUGAAUUCUGGAUCAAGCGCUUCACACAUUUUGGUUAUUGAUCGAAGAACAAAGAGGCUAGUGGAAGAACUCAUAGAUGGAAAGAUUGUAAUGUCAAUGAGAGCUAUAUAUCAAUCAAAAGUAGGGCUGAUUCUUAUUGACACAGGUGCUAAAGAGAUCUUGCAGAACCUCUCUGAGAAGCAAGGGAGGCAGAUGAAUUCACUUGAAUCUGCUAAAGAUAUACCCAAAUUCCUUGAGUUUUUUAAGGAUCAAAUUAGAUUGGAUGAGAUUAAGUAUCCCAUCGAGCACUUUAAGACGUUUAAUGAAUUUUUUAUAAGAGAGUUGAAGCCAGGGGCAAGACCUAUUGCCCAUGAGGAUGAUGGCAAUAUUGCUGUUUGCGCUGCUGACAGCCGUUUAAUGGCAUUUAAAUCAGUUGAUGAUAGUUUGAGGCUUUGGAUUAAGGGUCGCAAAUUCUCAAUUCAAGGUCUUCUAGGUGUGGGUUUGAGCUCUGAGGCCUUUAUGCAUGGAUCAUUGGUGAUUUUUCGACUGGCACCACAGGAUUAUCAUCGAUUUCAUCUUCCAGUUUCAGGAGUAAUAGAAAGUUUUCUGGAGAUUCCAGGAUGCCUAUACACAGUCAAUCCAAUUGCUGUAAACAGCAAGUAUUGUAAUGUUUUCACUGAGAAUAAACGCACUGUAUCCAUCAUUUCAACUAAAGAGUUCGGAAAGGUUGCAUUUGUUGCCAUUGGAGCCACAAUGGUAGGAAGCAUGACUUUUGUAAGAAAGCAGGGUGAUUAUGUCCAUAAAGGAGAUGAGUUCGGCUAUUUUUCAUUUGGCGGAAGCACUGUAAUUUGUAUCUUUGAAAAGGAUGCUAUUCAGAUUGAUGAAGAUCUUGUUGCAAACAGUGAGAGAUCACUGGAAACUCUGGUUUCAGUGGGUAUGAAACUGGGAAUCUCAACAAGGAAAGAAACACAAGAAGAGUUGCCAAGCCUGGAGAAAUGCAGCAUAGAAGCAUAAUUCAAUAGACCCAGAAGGAGUUCAAGCUGUGAGAUUCAUAGUAUUUUUGUAAGUCUAGUUUCUCGCAAAAGGUGGAACAUACAUAAUAAGAACGUAGCUCUCCUUUGCUUGCUUGUUUG